AUGAGCUUCAACGCCGUAAACCGCGGCAACCCUGGCCAAAAGAAUGCCAAAUUACCGACGCACAUUACACGUUAUGAUUCUGUGUCGGAUAGUGCGGAUUCCACAGAUUCCCCAGCUGGACAUGCACCAACAAGUCACACCAACAGUCCAUUUAAGCAACACACAGGAUCCAUGACAUCAAAUAGCCGGUCCGGUCUUGUUGCUUCUCUGAAAAGGUCGCCAGCGCGACUCAACGCUGAUGGAGAGGUUAGCGAUGAGGAUGAUGGCUUUGAUGGGCCGGUAAUGUCAGAUUUGACGCAACGGGGAAGACCUAGCACGUUAUCCAAACUAGCCAACGUCUCGAGGACGUCUGAGCCAGAUGAAACGCAGACUGGUGGUUCCAGCAAUGCAAUGUCGACAACACCGGCGCGAGGAAGAGGGAGACCCAAGGGAUCAACGAACAAACUAAAAGGGCUACCAGGAACAGCUGCAGCUGGUCGGCAGGCCCGACAAGUCAAGCCGCGGCCCUAUCCCGAAGGCUUCGUCGGCUUUCCUAAACGACGAGGACGGCCGCCAAAGCCCCAGCCACCUCCUCCGAGAGAGCUUUACAAUCGGACCAACGUUCAGUUCUUCCCCUUUCUGUGUGAGUGGAUGGAUUGCAAAGCUGAGCUGCACAACCUUGAGACACUACGCCGGCACGUCUACAAAGUUCACGGCGACUCUGUUGAGUGUCUGUGGGGAAAGUGUGGGCGUCUGGAGGAACCUCCAGAGUUUGAAGAUGAUGAGGGGUUCAACGACCAUGUCGAAGAGGCGCAUCUAGUACCUUUAUCGUGGCACGUUGGCGACGGACCAAAUAACCUUGCAGAGCGGGGUUUGAAGAAGGAGGAGAAGAAUGAUGACGAUAUACCAGAUUAUCUUAAAGAUGAGCAUGGAAAUCAGGUGACGCCUUCGAUCCGAGACCAAGAGGAGGAGGAUUUGUUGACAUGGAGGAAGAACCGUCGCAAACUGAAGGAGUUGCUUAUACGUAUGAACGAUAAUCUUCCCGACCGGGACGACGAAGAGGGGGACGCCAAGCAGCAAGAUGCUUGA